CUCUUAACUUAUCUCGUUUAAAUGCGUGGUAUACGUACGUAUUAUUGUUUACUGGUAAGUGGUAACUGAUAGUGGUUUAAUAAAAAAAGGAUACCUAUUGAAGAGGUAUGGAAUAAUUUGAAUUUUUAUUACUUUAAUUAAUUUUUAUAACACAAUUUAAACAUGUACCAUAUAACAAUUUACUAUAUUUGAAGUUUUUACCUUUUUCAACCGAAAUAUGGGUGUUACAAUGUUUGUAUUUAGCUCAUAAGCAUAAAUUGAAACCGUUGAUGGACAGUUACUAAUAAUAUAUAUUAUUUUUAAUAUUUCUAGUUUACAACAAUUUCCAAUGAAAGAAAAUCGUUCUGGAGCUCACAUAAUUGAAUUUCUUACAAAAAGAAUUAUUGCACUUGGUGCCAAACAAUGUGGUACAUUUCUUGUUGACUGUGAAACGUAUGCCUCUAUACCUCAAUUAGGUAAUUUGUUAUGAAAUAUUAUUAAAACAAAAUAUUAGUUUAAUUUGAAAUAUUUGUUUAGGUGUCCAACGAACAUUGCAUGUAUUCCAUAAUUCUGAACAGCCAGCAUCGGUUUUUGCAAUCCUUGAUAAUGGAACCGGGAAAACUGUACCUGUUGUAGCAGAUGCAUUAUUUGAUUUACUUUUAUUGAAGAUGUCAUCUGUUUAUACGUCUAAAAAAUCUAAAGUUGAAAUAAGAGGUCCUCGAUUUGAAUUAAACGAUUUUGUUAUUAAAAUCGGUGCUAUAAACAUCAAUCACAAUGUUAAAGGCAUUAUUGUAGAAGUAAGCACGACUUAUUAAAUAUUAGUGUAAAAUUAAAAUUUGGUCCAAAGUGUUGUAUUUUCAAAUUUGUACAAAAUAAAUAUUUCUAUAAAUGAAUUUAAAAAGUAUUAUUAUUAUAUUUCUUACAAUUUAAUAAUAAUUAAUUUUAUGUUCAGGCAGAAUAUAGGCCUUGUGUUGUGUUUGGUUUAUGUUGGGAUAUGUUACGAGAAUUUCUUCAAGGAUUUUUAGGAUCAUGUGUUUCAAAUGUUCCUCCACAUUAUUUUCAAGUAAGAAAAAUACCUACAUUUGUUAAUAGUAAAAAUAAUUAUAGUUAGUAUAAAUUAAUAGGUUAAUAAAAUAAAAUUGUAUUAGGUACAAUAUAUUAUAUUUCCAACUAAUAAUAAUUGUUUGCAACACUUGAAAUGUAAAAAUAAAUCAAAUUAAUACUCAUAUUUGAAAAGAUUGAAUUUAACGUUACUUUGACAAUUGUAAAUUCUGUAUAUUUACAUUUAUUGGUAGAAGUCUUUAGAAGUUAAAAUGAACAUGAUUUGUGAUCUAUAUUUGUUUUUGAAUUUUAUAACUUUUUAAAUUUAUUUUUCAGAAUCGUAUAAAUGAUAUAUUUCAACCACUAGACACCAUUCAGCAAUAUUUAGAUCAUAUAACUAUAUACAGAAAAGCAACAGGAAUUUUACAACAAUAUAAUACCAAUAGUACUUGAAUAUUUAAGUGUUCAAUGAUUUGUUCUCUUAUAGAGAAAUUUUUUAAAUUGAUUUUAUUACCUACAAACUAUUUAUUAUUAUUGUUUAAUAAAUAACAAUAUUUUAGUGGAAAAACAAUGUAAUAUAAUAAUUCUAUUUUUAUUAAAAUUUAAAGUCUUGUAUUAAUGUAUUUUAUUUGACUUGUGGAAAUAAGCAAUACUUAGGCAGCUCUUCUAUUCCUUUCUUACUGCAGUUUACAUGAAAAAAUCUUGAAAAACCAAUAUAAGUGUUGUCAAACUAGGUUUUUGUUGGUCUGCACAUAAUUUUGAUAAUUAUUUAAAAUAUAGUUUACUUCUAUAAAUGGUUGCAAGAAUUUUUGUCCAAUGCCAUUUUAUCCAAUAUUUUUUAAGUCUGAUACAAAUUAGUCCAUUACUUUUAAUGCCCAAUGUACUUUACCCUUUUUUUUUUUUGCCUUCAUCGCAACUAUUUGUGAUCGCUCACUCUCAACCUAAACUUCCACUUGUUCUGAUCCCUGAUAUUGCCAUUGCAUACUCAUAUAUUAUUUUCAAUUAUAUCCAACCACUUUUUACAGUCCAACACUGGACCAUACAACAUAGUCGGUCCACCACUCUUGUAGAACUUAAGUUUCGUUGGAAUCCUCAUCAUAUAAAACACCCAACGAUUCUCACCAUUUCAUCCAACUGCCCUUAAUCAUGUCUUUAAUGUCCUCAUUAAAAUCAUCGUUUUCCCAGGUAUUGAAAGUACUUAAUCUCACAGCUUAUUGCCAUUAGAUUUCUUAUCCAGUUCCUCCAAAUUUAUAUCUUCCAGAUAUUCUUCUAUCAAAAUUAUAUCAUCUGCAAACAUCAUGCACUAUAGUACUACACCUUGUAUUUUCUUCAUAUUUCAUCCAUUACAAUAGAAAAUAGGUAAGGGCUCAAAACUGAUUCCUGAAUCAAUAUACACACCUAGACUAACACCAAAAUUGUCC